AACUAUGCUAUGCUUGCCGCUUGACCAAAGAGGUAGUCAAAUCUAACUACCGGCACGGCUCUUAGCAUAGGGCCACGUCACCUUACCAGAGUUGGUCUGGUAAGUGGUAACAAUUGGGUACGCGGUCUGCUAACGUAAUUACCGGGUCAGAUAACAGGUGAAGAAGUGAGUUUAAUUUUAGCAAAUAUCUCAAAUUGGGCUCGUAAGAAUAAAAGAAGAAAUAGGACUAAAUGUUGGGCACAACCCUAUUUAAUGGGCCUCCAACGACGGCCCAAGUUGUAACAAAUGAUGAUCUCGCUAAGAGAUAGGGAUUCCAUAAGAAGGGCGGCCGUCGGAGAGAGAUCGAUCUUACUGAUCAAGAAGAGUGUGCACGUUCGAUCGACGAGAGAGGAAGCUCCGGCGGCGACGACGACGGGAUGAACAUCGACAUCACUGCUGGGGCGAAGCCGGAAUACCCGGUGAUAGACCGCAACCCGCCCUUCACCAAGACCGUCGCCAACUUCAACACCCUCGAUUACCUCCGCCUCUCCACAAUCACCGCCGUCUCCGUCACCGUUGGCUACCUAUCCGGGAUCAAGCCCAACGUCCGCGGACCUUCCAUGGUGACCGGAGGCAUCAUCGGGCUUAUGGGUGGUUUCAUGUAUGCAUACCAGAACUCUGUCGGCCGACUCAUGGGUUUCUUCCCCAACGAGGCUGAGGUGGCCCGCUAUAAGAAGGCGUAGCCGGUGUUGCCGAUCCUUCGAAUAACGAAGUCUUGUUCUUGUUUCCUGCCACUCCUUUCCUUCUGCUAGGGAAUAAAGACUUAGCUUUGUCCUUCAUUAUGGCACAGUUGCAUUUGGUUAGUAUUAUAAACUUGUUGCUUCCUGUUGCGCAUAAUAUGACAUUCUCAGCUUCGUGCGAGACUGAAUGAUUGAUGCUAUAAUUGUUUUGCCUUAUUGUAGUGACACUGGUCAUUUUUGCAAGAUUGACUUGCUCAUAGAUUUGCAUUUGAUUAUUAUUUUACACUAA